AUGACUGAUUUCCAAUCCCGACGACCGACAAAUUCCUGCACCGAGAACGAUACCGUUGACCGACUACGAGGACACGAUGCUGAUUAUGUGGCUUUUAGUGGAAAGGGAACUCCCCGGAGAAAGGUCAAGAGAGCCCCUGCCCGAUCCGGCACGGACGACAAGAAGCUUCAGCAGACCCUCAAGAAGCUCAAUGUCCAGCCCAUCCAAGCCAUUGAGGAGGUGAACAUGUUCAAGAGCGACGGAAAUGUCAUCCACUUCGCUGCUCCCAAGGUGCACGCCGCCGUACCAGCUAACACCUUCGCCAUCUACGGCAACGGCGAGGACAAGGAGCUGACCGAGCUCGUCCCCGGCAUCCUGAACCAGCUGGGCCCCGACUCCCUGGCCUCCCUCCGCAAGCUGGCCGAGAGCUACCAGAGCAUGCAGAAGGGCGAGGGAGACAAGGAGGCUGAUGAUGACGAUAUCCCCGACCUGGUGGCUGGCGAGAACUUCGAGAGCAAGGUUGAGUAA